UGCUCGAUCCCGGCCAAGGCUUUGUCCUGGUCAUUGCUCCAGAAAAUGCUCCUUUCUUCUCAUCUUUCUCGUCACUUUCAGAGUCUCUCAAUCUCUUCCUUUCGUGUCGACUAACUGCGUCGUCCAGCUUACCUGCCAUACUCCGUUUAUUGAACAGAAAAACUACCAUGACGCAGAAGGUCCUCCGAGUCGGGAUCCUAACCGCAGACGAAGGCGCUCAGGCCAUCCAGGGAAUAUAUCUUCCUAUCCUUGCUGCUCUCACAAACACAUACAGAGUAGCGGUCAUCUACAAUGCUUCGAGGUCCACCAAGCAAACUCUUACAGAGACAAGGAAAACCUACACCAAUGUUCACUACACUAGCGGCCACGCCAAUGGUCACCAUAAAAAUGGCGCAACCAUAGCCAACAGAGAUGAGAACGGACAAAAGAGCGUCCCACGUGCUGAUUCUGUGGAAGAAGUCAUAUCUGACCCAUCCAUUGAGUUGAUCCUGAAUUUCAUGCCCAAUGAAUAUCAUGAGAUAUACACGGUCGCGGCUCUGAAUGCCGGCAAACAUGUCAUGGUCGAGACACCUCUAAGCCUGAGCAUCCAAAGCGCGAGACGCAUAAUUGACGCGGAGAAGCAUGCCCCAAACGGAGCGAAAGUGUUUGUGGCAUGUGCUCGACGCUAUGCACCCUGUAUUGAGGAGGUCUUCAAGAAGGAAGUCGCAUCAUUGGAUCGCAUCUACUACGCUCGCUGCCGGAAUAUCGCCGGCCCUAGCUUGGCGCAUACUGCUACUGCACCGCGAAAGAAGAUCUGGGAUGCUUUGGCUGGUGCAGCAUAUGGUUCUGCAGUGGGUGAGAAUAAAGGAAAAACCAGUGGAUCGCAGCUCAUGCACGGCUUAUUGCAGGAAAUGUUCUUGGGAGAAGAACUGACCAAAGAACGCAUCGCACUUUGCGAGUUCCUCGCAUCUCUGGGCUGUCAUGAUUUGGGUCUGAUGCGUGACACACUCGGGUAUCCUGAUGCCAUCUCGAAUAUCUCUGUGAAUGAGCCAUACUAUUCGGCCUUAUUUCACUAUGACAGUGGGCGGAUGGGCGGCCACCCAUUUACCCUUAUGUAUGAGACCGGCACUGAUGCCGUCCCGCGCUGUGACGCGCACCUUGCGAUUUAUGGUGAUACGAAGACUGUCAGCAUUCAAUAUGGCCUGCCGUACGUUCGCGGCGAGCCUGUGAAGGUCGUGGUGGAAACGGCGGAUGAGAAUGGGGAAAUGAAAAGGACUGAAAGCUUGAGCGGAUGGCAAGAGACAUACGAGCAAGAACUAAAGGUGCUGCAUGCGUACCUCACCCAAGGCAUGAUGGCUAAGACAAUUGCGCGCGAUGGUCUUCAAGAUGUGAAGCUGUUCUACCAGAUUUUCGAGCAGUACGAUCGACAGUGUGGCACCAUUCGCACUCCGCUGGGCUGAGCAAUGGUUGGGGCCUGUCGAUUUCAUUUGUAAGAUUUCGAUUCAUACUCAAGCAAAUCAGCGGGUCGUACUUCAUUUGAGUAGUACGUGCGGCCUUGCUCGAGGCAGGAUAUUAUCUUUAGAUGGAAAACUUUGAGAACUAAUUUGCAUAGUUUGAGUUCCCUUCAAAAGGGACAUCAAGGUUGCAUCAGACAGCAAAUCAACCUACUUUUUAUUUACAUUGCUCUUAUGUAAUCAGAGGA